CAGUCGGCAUCACUGACUCCAGAGCAGCUGAAAGGUAAGCAAGAGUCGCGUUUCCGUUCAUUUUUUACAUGAGCUUGGGCAGCCUGUGGUGAGGAGCGGUUGUUACAGUUACAGUGAUCAGAAUGAGCAGUAUACCCAAACAUGACCUCAAUACCAAUGUUGUUAAUGAUAUGUCAAAGCUGUGUCAUUUCUGCUAUACUUAUUAAAUCAUACUCGAUGCCUUACGGUAGCCCAGCUGUAAGAAUAAAUUAUUACUUGUUAUUUCAUAUUCAAAGAAUGUCAAAGGUGCCUCAAUUCAUACAUUAUUUUGGUACACAGAGCAAUGAAUCCUCACAGUUUUGUCUCGCCCCCAACAUGUUCCUUUGUAGCCCAGUUUGUAGUAGCACUUAUCAGGUACCUGGGGGCAAAGCCAAUUGUUUUUAAGCUCUGUUUAUGGAAACGCGAAAUGUCGACUUGUCACGCAGUUCCAUCCACCAAUUGUCGAGUUUCACACAUACUUAUCAUCAAAUGUCGAGUCGUCACGCAACUUGAUAGUUAAUCGUCGUGUUUUCAUGCAACUUCCUAACCAUUUGUCGUGUUGUUACUCAACUUCUCCAUCAACUGUUGAGUUGUCACGCAAUUUCGCCACUAACUGCGGAGUUGUCACGCAAUUUCUCCACCAAUUUUCGAUUUGUUUCGCAAUUUCAUAAAGUGACUUAUUGGUAGUCACGCACAGCUGCAGUAAGAUUAAAAAAACAACCAGUGGUAUUGUAGACCGCGUGAACGAAACACAUGAUCAUGGCACUAAUCGCACUAACUGAAUAGAAUCCCUGUGCUUCUGUGCUUCAGAAUUCAGAGAAGCCUUCAAGAUCUUCGAUGUUGAUAACAGCGAAACGAUCACAACGGAUGAGCUGCUUCUCGUCAUGAAGAACCUCGGGAUGAUGGCCACUAAGGAAGAGGUGAAGGAAAUGCUGUCGGAAGUCGACGAAGAUGGUAAGUAACUUUAAGACGUGUGCGUGAGAACUGGCGUUACCUCUGUCCCGCAGGCGACACGUACGUUGUCUCAUUUUAGCUCAAAUCGUAGAGGCGAGGAACAGACCUGGGAUAACACUAGAGAAAACGCUGUUUCUGCCACCCGUACUGUGGCUUUUGGUCGAUCCCAGCCAGCCCUUAGGAUGAUGUUGGGUUCUAGCUAUGCUGCGAGGUUUUUUCUGAACAGUUUGCGUUGCAUUUGUUUUCUCUUCUGUCCAUAAAGGUGACCAAAUAUCCAAAUUAUAAUUUGAACUGAAGCAGAGGAUGAAUGAACACCUUGAGACAUUCCAUCACUAAAUUUCAAUUUGUUUACCAGUCAAGUGUUAUGUUAUAAAGCCAAUUUUGUGUUUUAUGUUCUGAUGGCUCGAUUCGCGCCGUUUUCUUGAGUCUGGUCUUCGAUCCUCUUGAGAGGAAACCACGAGGGGUGUUUGGAGGUCCAUUCUCCGAACAGCGGCUGGUAAUCAAACCUACGAGAAGGGAGUAUUACGGGAUACCCGAAAGAGGGUAUAAAAAGGUGAAAUGUAACAGGAGAAAGUUUGAAUUUCCUCCCUGCAGUGAUAUUAUUGCUGUUUCUAAAGUCUUCAUCUCGAGCAGAAGCCUACUAGUGGUUAGGAGACCUGCGGUUCUUCCGUUCCGGGCCCUGAGGGCUAUACCAGCGGGGAUUUGAACCCCAUGGGUGGAUUCAACUGAUAUCAGGCCGGUCGGAGCUCCUUCCCCUUUCCCCCACACACCUUCAAUGGGGCUUUAGUUUAGGGUUACAUACUCGACAAGGGUUAUACUGAACCGCCUGAUUACGCCUAAACCAAUGGCCUUGUUCGACUUCACGGACAUUGGAGGAUACCUCAGUAUUUCUAGCGUAAAUUUAAUUUGAUCGCCUCAUAAUCCUGCCGACAGGUAGUGGAGAGAUCGAUUUCGAGGAGUUUGCAGAACUCAUGGUAAAACAGAUGAAGCAAGGAAGUGAGCAGGAGGUGAGAGAAGCUUUUAAAGCAUACGACACCGAAAACAAGGGAUACUUUACAAGCGACGAGCUGCUAAAACUGCUUAUGGCCGUGCAAAAACAAAGCAAAGACAUCAAAAUCUCUAAAGAAGAAAUAGAGGAUAUAAUCAAGUUCAUGGAGCGAAAUGGACGGGUCAACUUUGACAGUAAGUGUUUCGAAAGAAAUGUAAACAUAGUAAUGUAGCCUUAUUGAAGCGAGUGUUAGAAAGUCAAACAUUUGAACCUCGGUGAUUAGAGUCAUUCUGUCACGCUCUGCGUUACUUUUUUGCGCGUCUAGCAUGCUGGGUAUUUUGGAGCGAGGCUCUGUUCGUAUGCCCGCCGCAGCGUAAUAGAUUCUUGUUGCACUGAAAAUGUUUUUCAACAUCAAUUUUUACAGAUUUCUAUGAUCGUUUCAAUUUUCGUUCGCUUUCUUUGUGGGAAAACGGUUGUUUCUUGUGUUUUCCCUCGUGGGGAAGUAGCGCCCGGGGGGCCAAAAUUGAUAUCCUCGCGCAUGACCGACGUUUAUCGUUUCAUCUUUUUAUUUGUUUAGUUACCAUUAUUAUUAUUAUUGAAUUUGAAUGAAUCGUGCGAGUUAGCCCUUUACACCCUAACAUCAUUAUAUGUAUUUUCCGUAUGACAUUCUCUUAACGUUUCCUAAGGUGCUGAUAUGGAAAAUUUGUUUUAGAAUCAAGAGCCCUCUUUGGUGGUGAUCGUUUCCUUUAUUCUCUUUACCUUUACGUUUGAUUCAGGGGUGAUAUUGUAAGGAGAAAUUAGAUGCCAGUCAUUCCUAAGAGUCAAAGGGUCAAUACAGUAGUCAAAAACUGGGGUCUUAUCUAAUUGAGCUAUCUCAUCUAAAAUUUUUGCAGAGUUUGUCAACGAGAUGAUGAAGUAAACGUUUACGCUUGAUGGACUGGAAAGUUUUUCGAAGAAGAAAAACUGUUACUACUACGCAAAGUUCUAUUUGAAUGAAUUGUUUAUUUUAAUGGCUCCACUUGGCCUAUGUUUGUGGGGUAUUUUGUAGAUUUGUUUUUUCGUGGAUGAAUAAAUUUUCAUCUCUUAUUUUAGUUGUAGUUGUGACGAAAUUGAAGGCUACUGCAGACUAUCACUCAAUUUAAAUGCCAGAAUCACUCUGAAGUCAUUGUUCCAUACUUGCGCGCAAUUGUGUCGCAGAUCAAAGAUAGCAAACCAGCCAAAACAAUAGAGCCUAGCAAAUUAAUUGUAAUAAAACAGAGACGACCCUCGUAAGUUCUUGUACUGCGAUUAACCUGCUCUUUCAUAUGCCUGGCCUUAUAGUAAACCUCUUUUAAAGCAAGCUUCAGGGUUAGUAAUUGUAAGAGUCUCAUAAAUAAAGCUGUCCGGCUAAUGAAGGUUACAACUGACAAAGGUUCUUGGAACAUUUUCAAAUAGUAGGUUCCCUUAGUAUAGAUUUCUGAAAGAGAUAUUCCCAGGAAUUCCAGUAUAUUAUAUGCUCCUUUAACUCCCGACUGACCAAGACAGAAUUUCUCUUUACCAUAUCUAUGCAAUAUCAUGCAGACAAGUGAUGAGAAUAAAGACAAAUAUAAAUUAUGGGAUUACUAAUUGAUCCGAUACCAAAUUCUCCAAACUAACAUAAUGAGAAUCAUUUGGCAGAAAGUAAGGAGAAUUACUAAAAAGAUCUCGGGAGUCAGAGGGUUAACAAAUAAAUAUGAUUCCAUGUUACCGUGCACCUGCUCAGUGAUAGAUCACAUAUGAUGUCAAAAUGUAUUAAUCCUUUACAUUCUAACAUCAGUAUGGAUAUUCUCUAUACUCUUCUCUAUACAUUUCUUUAAGAGCUGACAAGGAGAAUUUGUUUAACAAUCAGGAGCUUCUUUAGUUGUUGAUCAUGUCCUUUAUUCUCAUGACCUUAAUGUUUGAUUUAGGGGUGAUGAUGUAAGGAGAAAUAGGAUGCAACUCACUCUUUGGGGUUAAAAGGUUAACCCUUCGACUCCCAGAAGUGAUUAACAUGUAACUUCUCCCUAUAAUAUCCAUGCACUAUCCAGCAAACAGGUAAUGAGAUAGCUCAAACUCAUCCCAUACAAGAUAUUAUCUUGAUUGAACAACAAAUUCUCUUAAUCAAUUUACAAGGAAAUAUGGAGCAGCUAGAGGAGAGAAUUAACAAUCAGAUCUUGGAAGUUCAUAAGGGUUCAAGUUUGUUAGAUCAUCUCAUUUAUCCAACUCUCAACUGAGGAUUUCAUGUUAGCAUAGUUCAACUAACAGUUUUUUACCUGUCUUCCUCUUUUUUCUUUUCAAUAUUUCUUAUUCUUACUGACGGGAUAUAACGGUUCUUAUUCUUACUGACGGGAUAUAACGGUAAAAAAAUUAAUUGACAGUAUUUGAAAUCGAGCGCGAAAAAAAAAAAAAAGCUGCAGAGGAGCAAUUAGGCAGCAACUAUGCGAUUAGCAGCCGAAAAGAUUCGGGCUAGAGUUUCUAAAGAGCAAAGACUGCUGUAGACACAAACGUCCGUUAUUUUUCUAAAUACUUCAUUCUGUCAGGCGAGGAAAAGUGAUAAUGACUUGUCCUCUCGCAAUUAAGGAAAAAGAAAAGAAAUUAUUCCUUAGGGAGAUGACUUACUUUUUACGCUGUUAAUUCGUGUUCCAUUUCGAGCAAGUGGCAACAAACAAAAUAUGGAAUUGUAUUAUUAAACUGACCUCUGAUUAUUAUCGUCUGAUUAUAACGGGAUUCUAAACGCAGCAGCUAGUAAACACAAAGACAACUGAUGACGUCACAAAGGCCAGAUAUUGACCAGGAGUAUUGUAUUUGGAUUGUGUGGUAAGUAAGAAGUCAAUAACUUCAAGUUAUUUACAUACCAUUCUUUAAAGACAACCGAACAAAGCGUUACAUGCCAACAGAUCGAAAGAUGAGUUUUCGAAAGGACAGCAAAGCUAGGACAAUCAGCGAUGGGGUAAGAAAUUGUAAAAAUAACUGAAGUAUUUUGGUCUAUUGAGAAUGUAAAAGGGUAAAGAAGUCUACAUGUGUAUGAGCUAUGAGCUGUUUGCGGUAAAGGAUUAUGCAUGCAUCUUCAAGUGGCGGCAGAGAUUAUGAAACUGAAAUGGCAGCCGCUCAGAGCAGGUUUCUUGAACAAAGUCCGGGUAUAGCUUGAAUCUGGCAACGUUUACCUUAUCCAUAGCGUUGUCUCGGGUUGUCGUCGAGCUGUUACAUCGAAGCUUUUUAAUUAUUUCGGUGAACACAAUACUACCAGGCCGAAAUGGCGCUAAUUAAUUCGAUAAGUGUACAUAUGAAGAAAGAAAAUGCAUUGCUAUCACUAGCAAACCUUUGAGCUUGUAACUUGCAAUCUCGUGUUUCUAAAUUCAUUUCAUCGCUUCAACAGCCGAAGACAAUUCAGGUUCGGGGAUGUUUGACGAUAAUUAUUACAUAGUAAGGUGGGAUGUGAAAGCCCCACAGAAAAUUUAACACCGAGGAAAUUGUCAAAUAUUCGUUUUCAAAUCAAGUGAGGGAUUAUUUGUGACGGCUAGUUUUGAAAGCCGGCUUAGCGCUAUCAAUCCGAACUAGCCAGAGAGUUUCUUUUAUCGGGGGGUGGGGAAGGAAUCUAUUGUAUUGUAUUGUAUUGUCAUAAUACGUGAGCUUCAGGUUGUAACCCGGUUUCGCUCCUGGCUCGGGCACGAUUUUAGCUUAGAGCCAGUGUAAUAAGUGCUUGAGAAAAAAUAGAUUGCUACAUGUAUAUUUCACUACCUUUCUUUUUUCAAUGCUUCGUUUUGUUUAAAAAGUUUUGUGAAAGAGAAACUCCUUCAAAUUAUUUUGUAAAACUCUAUUUUUACCGUUCAUACUCAAACGCUGCAGAUGGAGCCGUGGAAAAAAAUAACGCCAUAUCCAAUCGGAAGAAUGAGGUGUUUAUUCGAGGAAAAUUACGAGUACAUAGAACAUCAAGUGUGGCACAACUUGGUGAUCCGCAGUAUUUUUGGAUAUUUAUUUUAAAACAGCAAGAUAUAGAAAGUUCAAACACAUUUAUGUGACACCAAAUGUUUACAAGUGAUUUAUAGUAAAUGCUGUCGGUGAAUUUUGUCUUGAUAAAGCGCGGUAUCAGAAAUUCUAAAGAGUAGAUAACCGUUGGGGUGUCUAAUGACGCAUAGUUGUUACUUAAAAUUGUGAUUUUUUUUUUCACAGGGUGAACUUUCCUCAGAAGUGAUUUCAGGUAAAAAAAAAAGGAACUCUACAAAUACAUUUUUCAGAAGUUCUGCGUGACCCAGCAUUUUCUUUUACAUCAGUCCGACUGUGAGCGAAUUGUCAUCAGUACUAUUUCCUUACAAGACUGAAAACAGGAUUAUUCAUACAUGCUGAUUGGUCAAUUUGGUUGCUUUUGUUUUCGCAUAACAUCCAUUUGAAGCAAAUGAAGAGUUGCUCUGUGUUUUGUAGAGUUUCGCGAGGCGUUUUCCUUAUUUGAUCACGAUGGAGAUGGUACCAUCACCACAAGCGAGCUCCAAACAGUCAUGGAGAGACUGGGGUUGAGUUCAGACCAGGAACAACUGAAUGAAAUGAUCAGAGAGGUGGACGCGGAUGGUAAGUGUCUACCUCAGGCUAAUUCUUGUAGAAGGAUGUUUUUGGACCCAUCCCCAAAGAAUGAGACCCGUCUGGCCCUCAGUGGAGGGUCUUAUUAGGGAGAACUUAAUUUAUCAUCAACUGAAAGAUGAUAUUCUCUUGACAGUGUUGAGGCAAUUUAACACGGGGUCGUUUGGCGAACGGGUUGGAUUCGCAUUUGGAGAUCCCGGGUUCGAGUCCUUUUCUGACUAGUAAGGAAUUUCUUUUUACGGGUAGACCUUGGGUUAACACGUCGAUCCUUCUUGGAAAUACUCGUAGUCAAAUUGUUUUCUCCUCCUGCCCGUGGGCCUAGCCAGUGGGGAGGGCUCUGGGCCGCUCGUUACUUUCCCUUUAUUAGCCUUUUUUUGCCGAAUCAGGUAAAAAACUGCCUGGAGGUCGACAUGAAAAUCAGGUGAAUACACUCUGUUUGACACAAUGUGAUCCUCCACCCCCUUUUGAAAAAUCCUGGCUCCGCCUCUGCCGCCUAAUGGGGUCUUCAAUCAUGAUAAAUUUGUUUGAAGUAUUUCUUAUUGUUUUAGUGUUAUUCCUGUGUAUGCCACAAUAAUGGAAAACUACUGAGACACCAAAUAGUGAUCUUGUCACUCGUUUUAAAAGGUUUUUUUUUAGUACCGAUUGGAAAUGGGAAAGGUGACUUUUCGAUAUCAGCCAUUCAUCAAAGGGACGCCAAUUAAUCUUUAAUUGAUGGUUAAUUCAGUCUUUCUCUUACCCCAAGAUGGACCACAAGAGUUUCCUCAGAAAUUAAUAAACUCCUUCCUAUAAAAGAGGAAGAUUUACAGUUUUGAGCUCGCGAACGUUGCAGGGUAAAUGAAGAGGGGUUAUAGGAUGGCGAAAUGCUGAGGAAUGAGAUAAUGAGCCACACCCCCCCCCCCCCUUAUGUUUUCCCGGCCUUUUCCUGUUCGACCUUGUCCCUCUCGGUUUUAAUUGUUAAUUGACGCCUUCCAAGCGCGGUAGAAGUAACUGAGUCUAACCGCUUUACAGUCUGACUCAACUUUAUUGUUCAAAUUCCACCGUCACCGAAUGAACAUGUAUUGAGUCGUUUUAAGCUUCUCAGAACAACAAGAUUUCGAAUUUGUUGACAAAGGAACAAAAGCAACCAAACUGAAAAAUUAAAUUUUUUCUUGUCCUCUUUCACCACAGGAAGUGGUGCAGUGGAUUUUGAGGAAUUCUGUGUCCUAAUGCAGAAGAAAAUUGCACAGGAAACCCAGUCCGAGCUCCUGGAGUUGUUCAGUAUCUGGGAUGAAGCUGGUAAAGGGAUCAUUGAGUCAGGGGAAUUGAGAUGCUUAUUGAACAGAGUCCCCGUGCGGCUGACGAGGAGAGAGAUUGAUGCACUGGUUGAUUAUGCAGACACCAAAAAAAAUGGGAAAAUCAACUUUGAAGGUACGAGUCACUCUUUAUGUAAGUUUACAACGAAAUAA